AUGUUGCCGGCAGUCGUUGCGGGUCUUGCUGUACCUUGCAACGGAUGGUACCGCUUCGACCACCUAAAGCAUGAUUGGUGCCAAACUGGGUCGUUUUGGGUUGUAAAAAUGCCGCAAAAGCGCUCUUUGCUCAUUUGCCCUUGUCAAAAGCAUCCAUUAAACACAGUCGCAUCUGGUGGUUUCGCUGAGAUCGACCUGCACACGGCCCCUCCUCAGUUGGCGACAGUGGCUCGAUUCUGUCGCCUCAACCACCUCGUCUCUGCCCUGCAAGAGAUCUGCAACUUGCUGGCCCGUCUUCAUUUGGCCCUUUCGUGUCAGCCGUUGCCAGGGCGACCAAGUGGCACUGAUUGGCCGCCUCGAACCGAUACCGAAAGGAACAGUGCCGCAGCAUCGACGUCCACGGACGCAUGUGGCGGCCGAGCCGAGACACAAACGGUGCUUGAUGAGGCCACCGUCGAGGGCUGGGGACAUGACCUGCUGCUCGCCGUAGACAAACAUGCAAGCGUGAUUGACGCAGUAAGUGAGCCUGACUUGUCUCUUCUUGCCUGUUGUUACCCCAUUCUUGCUAGAGUCGCCUUGACAACGGGGUCGUCAUGCCACUUUCCUGUGCAUGGGCAAGCAUGCGCCCACGGGACUCGCUUCUCAGCCACCCAUUCGGCCGCGAUUUGGUGUGUUGAAUGUGCCACAACAUGGCCUGGUUCGGGGAACAGAGCACACGGACCUUGCAAGCGUCUCUCUUCAAUCGCACCAUUUCAUGAUCCACCCACCGCUCGCUGGCUUGACUCCCUCCGC